AUGGACAAGAAUGCCCAGGACGUGGGUACAGGCCUUGUUGGCGCACCAGCCUGCGGGGACGUGAUGAAGCUCCAGAUUCAAGUCGAUCCCACCACCAAUACCAUAUCCGACGUAAAGUUCAAGACAUUCGGGUGUGGAUCAGCGAUUGCGAGUUCUAGUUACCUUACGGAACUGGUGAGGGGAAUGACGUUGGAGGAUGCCGGGAAGGUCAGGAAUACGGAAAUCGCUAGGGAGUUGUGUUUGCCGCCUGUGAAGCUGCACUGCUCUAUGCUGGCUGAAGACGCAAUCAAAUCGGCCAUCUCAAAUUACUACACCAAGAACCCCAAGGCCAAGAGCACCGACCUUGGAGGCACCGCGGCUGCGAUGCCGAAGGUCGAGGUGGAGCAGGUGGCUGCGGCUUGA